AUGAUCGCCGUUGCUGUCGAUGAUGUCGGUGGGAAGGAUUGCGCUGAAGCUGAAGCUGGUCGUCUCUAUGAGCUCAGGCUCUCGUCUGGAUCUCGGCUCUGGCACGAGCGUGCUCAGAUCAGCCCUGCGCAGACACUGACACACACACCGAGAGAGAGGAGACGCUUCAACACGUGUUCUGUGCUGGCUACAGAUCAACUCAAGUGUGUUUCUGACCUGAUGACAGCUGACUGGCCUUCAGCGGCUCUUCCUGUUCCACUGCCUCCACUUCCUGUGUCUCCAGCUGGGAACAUAAUGAACAGCAUAACAGAAAGUCAUCUCUGUCUCUGUGAUGAUGAUGAUGAUGAGGCUUCUUGUGAUGCUGAUGAGAAACUGUGUGAACAGCGACAUCUGCUGGUUUAUUUCAGCUCGUUUCAGCAGCGUCUGUCUUACACCACGCUCAGUGAUCUGGCUCAAGCGCUCAUCGACGGGACGGUGUAUGAAAUAGUUCAAGGGCUGCUGGACAUUCAACACCUGACGGAGAAAAACCUCUACAACCAGAGACAGAAACUACACGGCGAGCACAUAGCUCUCAAGCAGGAUUUGGUUCGGAAACACAAACAGGCUCUGCAGACGUGCAAGUCUCACAAUCUGGCCGUCCUGAAAAGCAACCAGAGAGCAGAAGCUGAGGCUCUCGAUCAGCGGGUGAAAGAAGAGCAGAGGAUGAUGGACGAGAAGGUCGUGGCUGAGAUGGAUCAGAAGGUUCUGGAUCAGCAGAACACGCUGGAGAAAGCAGGCGUGCCGGGUUUCUACAUCACCACCAACCCACAGGAGGUGAUGAUGCAGAUGAAUUUGCUGGAACUGGUCCUGAAGCUGCAGCAGAAAGAGACGGUGUCUGGAUCUCUGCCCUGAAAGAACCGGACACGAGUCGAGCUUCUCAGUUUCAACAUGAACUAAGUGUGGAUGACCUGUUUAGAAGUAUUUAUAAGAGUCUCUUUUAGUUGAUGAUGAUGGGCUGGAAAUGUCUAUAUUAUAACAUAACAAUGGACGACACUGCCCACCGCUUUUCUUUUGACAUUAAAUAUUGUUUUGUAAAUAUGUGUAAAAUUUGCAAAUGAGCACACAUUCAUGCGCUGUUAUGAUUUGUGACAUGUGAAGGAACCAUAUUUGUUUAUUCUUGAAUAAUUACUAAAAAUGACAGUCUGCAUUUAUUGACUCGUUCAUUUCUCUGAACAUGAGUUGCAUCAUUAAGACACAAAAACUGACUGUCUGUGUGUCAGGUUUGCUUCGUUGAAUGUUCACGG